UUCAAAACGUGCGUCUUUGGCAUCAACAGAAAGGACAAUGUAGUUGUUGGAUAUAUAUUUGGCAACGCGCAGACGCAGAGGUCAUUAUAAACAACCCAAGACAGCAGAGAUGAUGCACAACUGAACAACAGAGAGUUUGAGCUGCUGAAACCAAAGAUAUGCGUGAAACUUUAUAAUAAACAGCGGAAACUGACUGAACAUAUGAGCUCCAGAAGCAGAAGAAGUCAAGCAGGAACAAUAAGGCUUGUGUGAUUCAUGCUGAUUUCUACUCGACGAAAAGCUGCUGAAAUCACCGACCCAGCCUUCGCCUGCGGAUUAUUUCAGCCUAGCAUGAUCUAUACUGAUUUCUGUGGUUUCACCGGUUUAAAAGUCUGGAAAAUGAGGAGUAUAUUGACCCGAAACCAGUCCGACCGCUCUCGAAUGAUGCACUGAAGAUGGGCUCUGCAGCAGUGAGUCAGGCAGGCGCGGGCGGUUGAGCUGGCGUUCAGCAUUGGAAGAAUGCACUUAUCCCAUGUCGGCUCCAACAAAACCUGCUUUCUGCUUUCCCUCGCAUUCUGUGCCCUGCUGGUGCUGCUUAUUCCCUCCUUACAACCUCCACAGCGUCAGGCGGAUCUGCCUCAGCCGCGGCCCCAUGCCAAACCCGCCAAACACCCACUCAAAAACUCUCUCUACAGACCAAAUGAAGACACCAGGGGUGGUAGUUUUACUCAAACAACUCCACCUGAGAACCUGCAGAAGAUGGACGAUCUAAACUCGCACUACAGAGACUUCCUGGACUUAAGAGACAUUUUUAUUGCUGUGAAGACCACUAGGAAGUAUCACAAGUCCAGAUUGCAGCUCCUGUCCCAGACCUGGGUGUCCAGAGCGAAGGAGCAGACGUUUAUCUUCACUGAUGGGGAGGACAAGGAGCUCCGGCUGAAAGCAGGGCUGAACAUCAUCAACACCAACUGCUCGGCGGCUCACACACGCCAAGCCCUGUGCUGCAAGAUGUCUGUGGAGUAUGACAAGUUCAUCGAGUCACAGAAAAAGUGGUUUUGUCAUGUGGAUGAUGAUAACUAUGUGAUCCUGCCCAGUCUACUGGAGCUUCUGUCCUCGUACUCUCACACACAGGAUGUGUAUCUGGGCCGGCCUAGCCUGGAUCAUCCUAUAGAGGCUGCAGAGAGAGUCAAGAGCGACGGAUCGGUGUCAGUGAAGUUCUGGUUUGCCACUGGUGGAGCUGGUUUCUGCAUCAGUCGAGGUUUAGCGCUCAAAAUGAGUCCAUGGGCCAGUCUUGGAAACUUUAUCACAACAGCAGAGAAGAUCCGUCUGCCAGAUGACUGUACAAUUGGCUACAUCAUCGAGGCGCUGCUGGAGGUUCCUCUCACCCACACAGGCCUGUUUCACUCACACCUGGAGAACCUGCAGAGACUGCCUGCAGAAAACAUCCUGCGACAGGUGACCCUCAGUUAUGGUGGAUUCGAGAACAGGAGGAAUGUGGUCAGUGUUGGAGGAGCGUUUUCAUUGGCUGAAGACCCAACACGGUUUAAAACGGUUCACUGCAAGCUCUACCCAGACACCGAGUGGUGCCCACGCAAGACUCGCCAUUGACGUCUGGUAUACGAAUGCAUCAUCAUGGAGCAUCAACUUUCUCAUGCUUUCCACAACACUAUCUAUACCAAAGGAACAGGCAGAAUAACUGAGCACAGAUUGUGAUGGUUGCAAAUAAGAAACGCUAGUUAGAUCACAUUCACAGACUACAGUAUGUUGUAUCUCCUUUGCCAGAACAAAAAUCUAAACAAUCUUAAACCAACAUACAUUUACUUAAGCAGAAGAAGAACAUAUCUCAAAGUGUCUUUCAGUUGGUUUUCAUUUAUAAACAUUGAUGUUUUCUCCUGUUUUUAACACAAACUUAUGAUUGAAGUGAUGUGCUGCUCAUGUAAAUGUAUGGGGAUUUAAGAUUUGUGGUAUUUUUAUAAUGGGAGACAAGACUAAUAUUGAGCAAGAAAAUGUUUUUUCAUUGUAUCUGGUACUUUUAAAUGAAGAAACAGGGUGGCUGACACUCUUUUUCCUCUUGAAAUACUGCGUUCUGAGAACUGCCAAGUGAUUUACAUAAAGCGAGUCCCUUUCAUAAGAGCGUUUCGAAAGGAUUGCGCAAUUAUUUUCUUACUGAAAUGAUUUUAUCCACAUUUUUUGUGGCUUUGACAUCAUCUUUAUUGAGUUGUCCUUUUCCUAAAGGCCAUAAAUAUGCCCAGCACAGCCCUUUAGAUUUGUGUGCGAUGAUCUGCAACGUCUCCAGGGAUGAAGAAAACUGUAUUGAUGCAUCAUCUUAGCAUUUUGUUUGCAAGAUUUAUGCAGGCCAGCUCAUCUGCUGCCAAUGUUUCUCAGCAUGUUCUUCUCGGUUUGUGUUUUGUGUAUCCAGAAGGCCAUUUGCACUCGGUAUGCCUCUAGAUUUAUAGGUUGCCGUUAAGUAUUAAGGGAAUAGUUUAAUACACAAAACGAAAAAUGCACUCACUUUCAAGUGGUGUCAAACCUUUUUGGGUUUCUUUUGUCUUUCUGUUGAACAUAAAAGAAUGCUGAAAACCUGUAACCAUUGACAUUCAUAGUAGAUUAGAAAAUACAGUGGAAGUCAAUGUUUAAAGCAUUCUUCGAAGUAUCUCCUUUAGUGUUCAACAGAAGAAAGUCAAACAGGUUUGGAACAGAUGCUGAAACAACACAAUUGUGGAGGUUUUUUUGGGACAACUUAAUUGUUUUAUGUUCAAUCCACUUCAGUUUAUUAAGCUUAAUUGAUUUGUGUGUGAUGAUCUGGAUGAAGAAAACGGUAAUGAUGCAAGGUUUGUGCAGGCCAGCUCAUCCACUGCCAAUGUUUCUCAGCAUGUUCUUCUCUGUUUAAGUUUUGUGUAUUCAGAAGGACAUUUGCACUCCGUAUGUCUCUAGAUUUAUAGGUUGGCAUCAAGUAUUAAAGGACUAGUGCAUUUUUCAUUAUGGGUAUUAAACCAUUUACUCACUUUCAAGUGGUUUUAAACCUUUAUGAGUUUGUUUUGUUUUUCUGUUACAUGAAAGAAGAUAUUUUGAAGAAUGCUGAAAGCCUGAAACCAUUGACAUUCAUAGUACAUUAAAAAUACUGGAAGUCAAUGAUUCAAGCAUUCUUCAAAAUAUCUCCUUUUGUGUUCAGCAGAGGAAAGUCAAACAGGUUUGGAACAAGUACACUUAAAACGCUUGUUCAGUCUACUUACUUAAUAUGAGCUGAAAACAAUUCUGUUGGCUUUUUUUAGGAUAACCCAAUUGUUUUACGUUCAGUCCACUUAAAUUUAUCAAGCUUAAUUGAUUUGUGUUGGGACAACAUGAAUGAAUUGUGUGGAGCCCUGCAGUGUAAAAUGUGUGUAAAUAAUUUGAAGUUUUGGCUAAACUAUCCCUUUAAGACUGAAUUGAAGAUAUACAAACCAAAAAGCAUUGGUCCAGAUCUUGCUAAUUCCUCCAUUUGCUUUUUGUGGUUCCUAUUAAAAUGUUUUAACAUUGAGUUAUUUCCAUUGAAAGAUUAAAAACAAGUGUUCAUGUUCCUUCUGAUAUUUGCACAAACACGUUCCUCACUGCAGGCCAGUGGUUUGCGUGAACAUGCCAAAACGAUCUCUUUUUCCUAAUGUUCUCUGAACGUGCCUGCUCUCCGUUGACACUACCAAAUGCUGUUAUUGACUGUUCUUUUUGUUUUGCUCCUCUUUUUGUUGGUGUUUUUUUUUUGAUAAGGUUGUAUGAUUUUGAUUUUAAUAAAUUUAUUUAUUAUGCAGA